AUGGAAUUCUUUCGCCACCGGCAAGGCAGCUGGUCUUCGUGGCGCGUCACGCACCAUCUAGCCUUCCGCCGCUCAGAGAGCGGGGAAUCCAACAUACAGAUGAAGGUGCUCGACCCGACUGACGAGCGUAUCGCGUCGUUGUGCCGCGACUGGGACGUGGACCCCACCUCCGCGCAGGGCGGGUGCUACGUGACGUGGAAGGCCACUAUGGCGUGGGACCAGGAGGGCGAGAACCACGAAGGCGAGACCGUGUUCGCCCUCGUGCCCGAAAAAGACAACGUCCGCAAGGGGCGCAUCCUACGCGACAGAGGCUACGCCGAAAUCGUCCCAAUAGCGGGUACGUAUCAUCUGGACGACAGCGAUGACUUGAACUUGAGCACGCCGUAUGACGGGGGGGCUGUCGAGGAGAAGUUUUCAUUUGACGGGCCGGAUAUCGUCAACAGGUUAUCAACGGUGAAACGUUUCGGGGGUUACAGUACGGCGACGUUUGCAACGGAGAGGAGGGUGGGGUCGGCGCCUCCGGCCGUGUGGGAUGAGGAGAAGGAGGGCAAGUCCGUGGAGCAGAUGGUAGCCGAGCUGAUGGUAGAUGGACCUGGAGUGCUGAUAGACACGGUGGAUGAGGUUGAGGAAAGCUCGGCGGGGGGAGGCGAUUUGGUGGGGAAGGAACGGUUCGGCGCGGGGUUGGGGAGAGCUGCGAACAGCGGGGCGAGGCCGUCGUCGCAGAGCGCGUUCGGGUCCGGGUUUAGUUCAGGGGCGUCGAAGAAGGGGAACGGCGAGGAGGGUGGGGCGAAGAGCGAGGAGCACGGGACAAACGGGUUGAGUAGGGAGGUGAUGGAGGCGGCGGAGAAGGCGGGGAUCGACCUGGCAAAGAUCCCGCCGAGCAUGCGGGAGGAUUUUGUGGCGAGCUUUAAUGAGAAGAAUAAGUGAGUUUUGAAGUGACGAUGCCGCGGAAAUUUUUUGUAAAGACGGGGAGAGAGUGUAGUA